GCACAUCGCUAUCCGGAACCGGAUGUUGGUGGAAACAGUGCGCGGCUUCAUCGGUGGUCCGCAUCGUGUUGCAGAUUUCCAUGGGAGCAAUACAGCUGAAGAUUGACCACUCGGAGGAGCUUUGAUUGCACCUGGGCAAGCAUCGCACUUCAGUACUCGUAAAGAUGUCCGACCUUCUCUUGAACAUGUCCUUUUCUGAAGACUCUACUGUGCCUUCAAGAAAAACAAAGAAAAGCGGGUUCCGUGUGAAACGGAACGUCAAAAAUGGGAGUAAGUUCGCCGGACGCCAAAAUAGGUGGUCCCAAAAGACGCUAAGGCCCAACCAGGAGUAUUUUCAGGGAGCCCGCUCCAACAAGCCUUCACAAAGCGCACAGGCAGAAGCGCUGAUCAGGAGACACAUGGAGAAUAAUCACUUCAGAAAAGGUGCUAACAAAAAUAAUACAUUCCCAAAGCAAAAGUUCACAUCCGCCGGGCGUCCGUCGUGUCACCCGUCCUCGAGCCGUCGGCCUUGUUCGGGCGUGCCCAGCAAGUGCGUCGCCAUCGACUGCGAGAUGGUCGGCGCCGGCGCCAAAGGACACCUCAGCCUGCUGGCACGCUGCAGCGUGGUGUCCUACGACGGCGACGUGAUGUACGACAAGUUCAUCAAGCCCGCCAUGGCCGUCACCAACUACCGCACGCGCUGGAGCGGCAUCCGAGCCCGUGACCUCGUCAACGCUACGCCCUUCCACCAAGCCCGAAAAGAGAUACUGAAGCUUCUUGAGGGCAAGGUGGUGAUCGGCCACGCCAUCCACAACGACUUCAAAUGCCUUCAAUACUCGCAUCCGACCGCCCUGACCAGGGACACGUCCUGCAGUCCGGCGCUCAACCUGAAGGCGGGCUUCCAGGAGAAGGACAUCGUCUCCCUGAAGAGGCUCACCAAGGCCCUUUUUGACCGCGACAUCCAGGUGGGGAGGAUGGGCCACUCCUCGGUGGAGGACGCUCAAGCCACCAUGGAGCUCUACAAAGCAGUGGAGGACGAGUGGGAGCAGAGGCUGGCCCCACGCAAGCCGUGAGCAGCAGAGGCAGCCGAUGAACUCGUGCAGGUGUCAUAACGUUACCGCUGUCCGUGGCGGCCAAAUGCUUCCUUACCUGAGCGCAGGUAAACCUCAAGCAACAUCUGGCGCCAUCGUUUCCUGGGACAACCGAGGGGAAGAAAAAGGACUUGAUUUAGGACAAAAGUAUACAUGAGCAGCUCUCGGUGCUUCCGCUUGUUUAUUUACACCUGUCUUUUAUGCGUUUUUAAUGUUCUCACUUGUGUGGGGAAAAGCAGUUGUUAGAAACGGUUAAUUAACAACAUAAUUAACAAUCCAAAAAUAAUGUAAUUGGAAGAAAAAAAAACUUAAUAUGUUAUUAAAAACUGAAUGCAGUGUUCCCUUGUCACCUCGCGGUUCAUUUACUGCGGUCUCAGUGCAUAAAGUGUGUAUGUCUUAUUUUAUUCAUGUUGCAUCAUUGUAUUAUAUCUAUUUGGGCGCCUCUCUGCUUGCAGCUGCAUUGAGGACUGGGUUGCUUGUGUAGAUCUGAAGUAACAUGGAGGCUUGAGACACAUCCACCAUGUUAGAGAUCUGCAUUAUUUACUACACCGGUGCUUCUCUAUGUUUUUCUGUCACACCCCCCCUUUGGGUACGGAAUUGUUUACACGCCCUAACAGAAGUUGAUGUUUAUUUUUUUCUCUAUGUGUUAAGAUACACUAUAUUGCCAAAAGUAUUUAGCCACCUGCUUUGACUCACGUAUGAACUUGAAGUGCCAUGCCAUUCCUAACCCAUACGGUUCAAUAUGAUGUCAGUCCACUUUUUGCAGCUAUUACAGCUUCAACUCUUUUGGGAAGGCUGUCCACAAUGUUGUGGAGUGUGUUUAUAGGAAUUUUCCACCAUUCUUCCAAAAGGGCACUGGUGAGGUCACACCAUACUUGCCAACCCUCCCGGAUUUUCCGGGAGUCUCCCGAAAUUCAGCGCCUCUCCCGAAAACCUCCCGGGACAAAUUUUCUCCCGAAAUUCAGGCCAACCCACAAUAUAACCAGCAUACCUGCCCAAUCACGUUAUAACUGUAGAAUGAUCAAGGGCGAGUUCUUGGUUUCUUAUGUGGGUUUAUUGUUAGGCAGUUUCAUUAACGUCCUCCCAGCGCGGCAACAACACACAACAACAGCAGUCACGUUUUUAUAUACCGUAAAGCAGUUCGUCUGCCGUAAACAGCAAUGUUGUGACACUCUUAAACAGGACAAUACUGCCAUCUAGUGCAGUUGAUGAAAGCACUUUUGUGCGUGCCACACAUCAAUGCAUCAUCAGAGUUCAGCAUGGUUAGAAAAAUAGUGACAGAGAAUAGAACAAGGAUGGACAAUUUAACCCUUAACUCAACAAUGAGUAGAUGAGUGGUAUGUAUGUGUAUAUGUGUAAAUAAAUGAACACUGAAA